AUGGCGGCGGAGCGGCAGGGCGCCGGUGGCAGCCGCGGCGGAGCGGGAGGUGGCGGCGGCGGAGGCGGCGGUGGCGGCGCGGAGGAGAACAAGGAGAAUGAGAGGCCGGCGGGGCCGCAGGCCGGUAGCCUCGGCGACAGCCUGGGCCUGGAGAUCCUUCAGAUUGUGAAGGAGUCACAGCAGCAGCACGGUUUACGACACGGAGACUUCCAGAGGUACAGGGGUUAUUGCUCCCGUAGGCUAAGGCGGCUCCGAAAAACUCUCAACUUCAAGAUGGGGAACAGGCACAAGUUCACUGGGAAGAAAGUAACUGAAGAGAUUCUCUCAGACAACAGGUAUUUGUUAUUGAUUCUGAUGGAUGCAGAGAGAGCCUGGAGUUAUGCCAUGCAGCUGAAACAGGAAGCAAACACAGAGCCUCGCAAACGAUUUCACUUGCUUUCUCGCCUGCGCAAAGCUGUGAAACAUGCUGAGGAGCUGGAGCGACUGUGUGAAAGUAACCGAGUGGAUGCCAAAACAAAGCUGGAAGCUCAGGCGUACAUGGCUUACCUCACAGGAAUGCUUCGUUUUGAACACCAGGAGUGGAAGGCAGCAAUGGAGGCUUUCAACAAAUGCAAGACCAUAUAUGAAAAACUGGCCAAUGCUUUCACAGAAGAACAAGCUGUACUGUAUAACCAGCGUGUGGAAGAGAUCUCACCCAACAUUCGCUACUGUGCCUAUAAUAUUGGCGACCAGUCUGCUAUGAAUGAAUUGAUGCAGAUGAGACUGAGGUCUGGUGGCACUGAAGGUCUUCUUGCAGAAAAACUGGAGGCGCUGAUUACCCAAACUCGAGCAAAGCAGGCAGCCACGAUGAGCGAGGUGGAGUGGAGAGGAAGAACUGUUCCAGUGAAGAUAGACAAAGUGAGGAUCUUCUUGCUGGGGCUGGCCGACAACGAAGCAGCAAUUGUUCAGGCAGAAAAUGAGGAGACAAAGGAACGUUUGUUUGAAUCUUUACUCAGUGAGUGUAGAGAUGCCAUUCAGGCUGUUCGGGAAGAUCUGAAACCAGACCAGAAGCAGCGGGAACACUCUCUGGAAAAUGAUUCUGGGAAGGUGUCCAACAUCCAGUACUUACACAGUUAUUUGACUUACAUCAAGCUGUCAACAGCCAUCAAGCGCAAUGAGAGCAUGGCAAAGUCUCUGCAGAAGGCACUGCUGCAGCAGCAGCGGUCAGAGGAGGAUGGCAAGCGCACACCACGGCCUCAGGACCUGAUCCGUCUUUACGAUAUCAUUUUGCAGAACCUCGUGGAACUGACACAGCUUCCUGGCCUAGAAGAGGACAAGAACUUCCAAAAAGAGAUUGGAUUGAAGACACUUGUGUACAAAGCUUACAGGUGUUUCUUCAUAGCACAGUCCUAUGUCCUGGUAAAGAAAUGGAGUGAAGCUCUUGUUUUAUACGAAAGGGUGCUGAAAUAUGCCCGUGAAGUUCAGUCAGGAGCUGGAGCUUAUACGAACAGCUUGAAGGAGCUGCCUGAUGUUCAGGAUCUGAUCACUCAAGUCAAUGCAGAGAAAUACUCCUUGCAAGCAGCAGCUAUAUUAGAUGCGAAUGAUACUCAUGAGACUGAGUCUCCAUCUCAGGUCAAGGAUGGCAAGCCACUCUCGGAACGGUUUGAGACUUUCUGUCUGGAUCCUUCUCUUGUCAGCAAGCAAGUCAGCCUCGUGCACUUCCCUCCGGGCUUCCAGCCCAUUCCAUGCAAACCCUUGUUCUUUGACCUGGCCCUUAAUCAUGUUGCUUUCCCACCUCUGGAGGACAAGGUGGAGCAGAAGGCCAAGAGUGGUCUCACAGGAUAUAUAAAGGGCAUCUUUGGAUUCAAAAGUUAACCAGGACCCCCUGAGGAACAGAGGUUUUAUUCUGUAUUGAAGGAGAAGCUCCAAGAGGUUCUAGGACACAAAUAUCUGCACCUGGGAAAAGAGGGAAGUUUUACCAUCUUCUUCCCUGUGUUCUGUGUAUAUGUCUGUGCACUUACAUUCUCUCCCAGUGUAUUAAAGACAAACAUCUAUUCAGAAACAUAUGUACACUAUAAAUAGCUGAAAAUAAUCUGGAGCACAGAGAAAUUCCAUUCUGCUUGGAGAAGUUGGAGCUUGCUUUGUGACCAGUGGCCUGUUCAGGGCCGGUACACAUCUACUUGCCAUGGACCAGGGCAGAGGUACAAUUCGAUUCCUCCCUCCGCCCCAUUAUUUGACACUGUAAUUUGGUAUUUUGGUCUAGAAAUCUGGGUGUGAUGGGGAAACAGAGGCAAAAGUAGAUGCAGAACUAAACCAGCAAGGUGAGGCUGCCUACACGAAGGCUAUGAAACAGUAGCCAAGGGGGCUAACUUCUCCUUCCCUUUUGACUCCCAGAAGUCUCUAUUUUUUAAAAAUGUAACACUCAGAAAUGACAAAACAGAGCCUCUUAUCGAUAAGGAUGGCAAAUACCUUACCAAAUGUUAAUGGUUCCCCCAGCUGCGGUGGAGUAUAACCUGAAUUUGUAUUCUGGGCCAAUAGGAUCCUUCUUUAUUGAUACACGUUUUGUUAAAUACCUAAAUACAGUAUAGAACCUAUUCCUACAAGGCUUUUCCUGGGAAACUAGCUUCAUGGGUGGCUUUAGAAAUAGCUACUUGCUUUUCAUGGGAAGUUGGGUCUCUCAAUGUUUGUUUUGUCUCUGUUCUAAACCUUGCCUGAAAACAAGAUGAUCUUUUUCUGGAGCUCAUUUGUUGCUUUUUUCCUCAUCCUCGGUCAGUAGAUACACCUGAAAUGAGGAAUAAGCAACAGGAGACCAGUCGGUUCUUGAGUGAUACAUCUUCUCUGUCAUGCCA